AAUUUUAUAAAGAAAAUAUCGGAAAAACAUUUCAUUAGAUACGGCCUGAGAAAUGAGGAUUUUUCUUAUUAAUUUGUCAAAAAGUUUCUAUUAACUAACGUGUUUUUUGUUUGUCAAGAUUUUAGAAACAAGGUUUCGAGAUGAUUUUUUUAUGAGAACGAUAUUUUAGGGUAAAAAUGCUGCAGCUCUUCAGCUUUUCUACAAGGUUUACUUGAGUCUCGAAGGCAAGGAUCGAUUGCAUUUUAUCGCUCUUCAGAAAGACACUUCAGAAAGACUUCGGAAGUACACAUCUAGCAGAUUCAACGUCUCCAGAAUAUCUGAGGAGCCAGCUCCUUAUUUACCGCCCGAACACCAUCUUUCAGAACCGUUAAUCGAUGCGGCUGAUACCAUCCUCUGGCAUAAAAAUAAAUUUUGGGCUGUUACAAAAGCCUACAGACAAGAACAAGAACGAAUUGAAGAUCUCAUGGAAUAUCCCGCGGUAGAACUGGUUGAACAUAUUAUCCCAGAAAAACUGCCGGAUAAGAAGCAGGAAGAGAGCGAAAGAUUAGACGAAUUCGCUCGCAAACAUCCGGCUCGGAAAACGAAGAAAAAAUAUCAAAUAGUUGAAUGUUGUCCCUCGAAGAAAUCUUUAGACAUAAAAAGCAUCGAGGAUCCUGCAGCUGCCGCGGAAUAUAUUGAUUUUCUGAAGAAGCGCAGUAGAAAAACGGCUAAAUCUCAUGAAGUGAAUCUGAAGACACAAACCACGAUGAUGGCGAAUGCUUGGGAACGAUUGUUGAGGAAACAAGACAGAUCCUUCGACGAGGCUCUCGGCAAACGAGUGUUGGAUCAGUCGCGCUAUGAGAAACAAAUGUUAAGGAAGCUGUGCGAGGUACGGGACUUGAGAAACAGAGUCGUGGAAAAUCGUAGAAUCGUUGAACAGAUGUUGCUGAAGACUAAAGAGAGCGAGGAAUAUUCGAAGAAGGAUCAUCGCGAAGAAAUAAUAAAGGAAGAGAAAGAAGACGUGGAAAUGGAAGUCUGCAGAAUGCAUGAACUUCGUCGGAGAAUUUGCGAGGAAAAAAUGCGCAGAAUGAAGGAGAAAUAUCAAAGCAUCUGUUCAGAGAUCGUAAACGAUUUUGUGGAUAUCGCAAUGAAGAUUUCUGAUUAUUGUCAAGCGAAUAAUAAUCAUAUUCAAAAUUUUAUUUGGAACGAAUGUAGAACGUUAUUUCUAAAGAAUCAACCGAUAUUUGAACUUAUAGACUAUUUUGAUGAUAUUGAAGAGAUAGAAAGUGUAGGAGAAAUAAAAGAUAAAGAAAAGAUGAAGGAGAUAAUAAAAAAUAAUGCAGAAAGGAAAAGCUGGGAAAAAAAUCAGAGGUUAGAAAUGGAACGUUGGCGAUCUCUGGUGGAUGCGGAUUUUGAAAGUUAUCAAGAUUUAACCGCUCCCUGGGAUCAAUUCGUACCGAAGAGAGAAGAAGAAGCUGAACAAAUUUAUAGACUAGGUUGCGUUGUGCUUGGAUAUAUCGUUCAUCGUUUAUUGGAGAUUUUAUAUCCUUAUCCGACUGAAGUAUUUAGUUGUCCAGUGCCUAAAGUUAAGUUCGCAGCUAUUGUCUUGGGCAUAACAAAUGUCAGUUUGCUUGAACAGAUGCGAGAAUUGCUGAAGAAUAACGGAAUUCGUUUGUUAACGAUGGAAGACGCGAUUAAUUAUUGUCUCGAGAAGUACAAACAGGAAAUGGCCGAUGUGGAAUACAUCGAUUUGAACAUUAUUUCGGCGACGGCAAGAGACAUCAAGAAAUUGGAGGCUAAGGAUAAGACAAACAAUUUGAAGGAUUUGAAGGACCCGAAGAAGAUCGAACAAUCAGCAAAGAUAGCAACACCCCAGCAAAGUACAGAGAAACAAACGCAAACACCUAGACAGAUACCUUACGACGAUAUAGAUCCAAUUUUAAGCAACACUGCUUAUAUAGGCAAAUGGACUUAUGAAUUUCUAACGUUGGGUCAGCCAAUUUCGAACGAAUUGAAUACAAAGAUACUAAUUGAGUAUUUAAAAGGAAUUGGAGAUGUCGAGGGUUGGGUACUAAUAAAUUAUCCUAAUACGUACGAACAAAUGGCAAUGUUAGAGAAAGCGCUGACAGGACGCGAGAUACUUUUCGAUACUGUCAAUUUUACAGACAUUGAAGAUAUCGAUCUUUCGUCACCUAGGAUUGUGUUCGAUAGUGAUAAGGUCGAUACAUUUACGAUAUGCAGGCAAUCUAGAUUAUUGCCGAAUCCAAUCUCCAGAACAAAAGAUUACAACAGUACCUCGACAACAUUUAUGACAACCUAUAUCAAGGCAAUGCUGAAGCCUGAAAAAUCAAUAGAUGAUCAAGAACAGUUUUGUAUACCUUUAUCCCACGAUGCUACUUUGAUGGAUAAAUAUUAUGCUAAUCAAAAUAUCGCAUAUGGAUUCUUUUACAAUGUUCUUGAUCUCUCAACUUUGAAACAAUUGGUCGAAUUUAUUACGGAUUGCUUCUACAAAAAAACAUCAUUUUCCGAAAAGAUUUUACGAAUGCAUUACGACGAACAAAAAUCUCCUAUUGAUUCAAAGACAGCUGUUGUCAAACGUUUGAUACCGGAAGCCAAAUGGGAACAAUCAGAGUAUAAAAUCGAAGUUGAAGAUCGCGAUUUACAAUCGAGAAUUCAAACACAAUUGAUAAAUGAUUAUCCUAGACCUGGAGAAAGCAACUGGCAAUGGCUAGAUUUUUUUCAAUCUCCAGCUUUACUCGAAGUUUUGGCUACAUUUUGGGAAAGCAUUGAAGAAGCUUAUAUUGAAAAUUUAAAAGAAAUUCUUUCUUUAAAAAGAAUGCAUAUGUCAGCCAUUGUACCAUACAAGAAUCUCAUUCUUAAGAACUUGAUGAAAUUUAUCGAUCGACCUGAUAAGCGGCAAAUCUUAUUGCAAGAUUUUCAUCGUGCUUUUAAUGAAAUUGAUGAAGAUCUCAGAGAUGAUUUGGAUAUGAAAUGCGAAUUGCACUGCCGGGUCGAUGAUUUUCGAACGAAAUUGUGGGAACUAUGUGACACGCGAAGACACGAAGCCGAGGAAGAAAGAAAACGUACAUUGCGUAAUCAGUGGAUUCUGGUAGAAACCAUGGUCCUCAUCAACGUGUACAUCGGAAUUUUACAAACAGAAAUCGACAGAUUCAUCGACACUAUGCAGCUUCUUCAGGAUUAUUACACUUCCAUGUUACAAAAACCGCUGCAAAAAUCGCAAUUCUCCAAGAUUGUUCUUGAUAAUAUCAAGCUAGAGGACAUUUUUCAAGAAAAUUCAUUAAUCAAAGAUAAAGAAGGAACAGUGUCAGAAACGAAGAUCGAAUCAGCCAAAAUUUCAACUCGAACUGUAGAUAUAAGUCAGUUCAAAAUCGAGAUCGAAAUUCUGCUGAUCGACGUAUCAAAAAGCUUCGAUCCUGAUCAGAGCACAGUUUACAACAUUAUCAAGGAUAAUAUUCGACAAGUGCAGAGUAUUGUCGAUUCCAUCUCAUCCAUGGUGUUGGAGAUGUUAAAUAGGGAGGAGAAAAUCGCCAUUCCAAAGACUGAGAAAGGAAGUGCCUCACCUGCGUCCGUUAAAUUAACUAAAAAAAAUCGCGAUCUCAUAGAGGAAUGGCGGUAUGCCGUUCUAUUCGAGAUCGAGCGAAUUCGUCAGAGAUUGAAUAUACUGAAUGCAGCUGCUCGAUCAGACGUAACCUUUCUUCUAGAUACCAUGAGGCAGACCUUUCAUUGCAUUCAUGAUUAUAUCAUCGAAAGGUUGAUAUCAGUCAUAAAAUCACUUAUUUUAUUAAUGUUUAUUAAUUGUCUUAUUCAACAAGUUAAUGUAACUGCAAAACAAACCUAA